AUGAGACUCUUAGAGAAGAUUAAAAUAAACUCCCAACAAAGAUGGAUGGUAUGUUAUAAACUUGGUGGAAAGUAUGAAUGUUCUACGUUAAACCUCAAUAAUAUUGGAACAUUACUACAUCAGCUCUUGAAGGAGAACUUUAUAUCAGAGAUAGAAGCAAAUGCUGCAGGUAUUGUUGAAAUGCACUAUGACUUCUUCUUGACAAACAUAAAGAAUCUUACUGAAAUAAAGAUGUAUGAUUUAACAGAAUAUGAAGGCUUAACGAUGUCAGAUGUAAAGAAAGGCAAACCAAAAAAGAGACCAUAUAGAGAUGAAAGCACACUGACAAAUGACCAGAAAGCCAUUUUGGAAGCUCUUAAGCAAACAGGAAACCCAGCACUUAUAGAAAGCUUUUGGAAAGAUAAUGGUGAAAAGAAGUUUUAUAAGAAGAGAAGCGGUCAGUUCUGGAAGUAUCUUUGCACAUUACCUAUAAAUCUUGAACGCUACCAAAUCUUCAAUGAACUGAACAAAAGAACUGCAACACUUAUGACAGAAGAUAACUGCUUCGUUUAUGCUUGCAUUCAGGCUGGAGUAAAUGAAGAAACUAUUGACCACAUGAGAGAAGUCAUUCGUGUUAGAGACUUUCCUCAAAGUAAAGUACAAGAAAUUUCUGACGCAACAGGUAUAGCAUUUAAUGUUACCAUUGGUUACUUCAAUGACUCAAGACAUAAUGAAAUAAAGAGAUACAUACCAAAAGAAUGUGAAACUGUUCGAACUAUUGACUUACUUCUUGUUGAAGACCACUACAUGCUAAAUGAAAGAUUACCAAUGACAACAUAUUUCAUUCGCAACUAUAUAGAAAUCUUGAAGGAGUGUGGUGGAAUGAACAUUGAGAAACAGAUGAAGAUUUAUACAAAGAGAGAGAACAAAUAUGUAGUUCGUUAUGAUAGAACAACACCGUUAUGGGAUGUUAUGAAAACAUUGUGGGAGUGCAAAUAUUUCGAACCUAUUUCUUA